AUGCAGUUUAGGGUAAACCAAAAGGUUGAGGUUCGAAGUACUCAAGAAAGCGGUUUUCAUCGUUCAUGGAAGAGAGCCACCAUUGUUGAUUCAAGCAAUCAAUCUUACCACGUCCGGUACGACAAUAUUUUGCUUCAACUGGAAGAUGGUGCUGAAAAACUAGUGGAAGUUGUUCCCUCGACACCCACUCGUACUGUUUCUUCUUCGCAGUUAAGGCCAUUGCCACCAUUGAUGAGUUUUGGGGCUUUUGAUUUGCCUUAUGGGUUGUUUGUGGAUGUUUAUGUUAAAGCGGCUUGGUGGGAAGGUGUGAUCUUUGAUCAUGAAAAUGUGUCUAAUGAGAGGGUUGUCCUUUUGCUGGAAUCUGGUGAAGAAAUAAAGACAAAGAUUGAGUCUUUAAGGAUUAGUCAAGAUUGGAAUGUGUUUACGGGGGUUUGGAAGCCCAAGGGAACAUGGCCAUUAAUUGGGUUGUUCGAGGGGUGUGAGAAAGAUAGGUCGGUUCUUGAUGGGACAGAUGUGAUUGUUGAUGCAGUUCGUAGUCAUGAAUAUCCAUUGAUUGAUCAUGAGGGUGAUGGGGUGGUAAUGAAUUCUGAUGAUGCGGUUUUGGCAAGCUCGGAUAAAGAUUCAUGCAGUAGGCUGGAUAUGGUCUCUGAUUGUGAAAAAAAGGACGUUGUGGAUUCUGGUGGGGCUCUGGAAGGAGUUUCUAAGGUUCUUUUUACCAGUAAGAAUCCGGCUAAUAGGAGGGGCUAUACGAUGAUCGAUGAUUCUAAUGGUGAAGGAUUAUUGGGUCCUAAUGGGAAAAAGCUUGGAAAGAGACGGAGAAAGCCAGGGCAGAAAGGCUCUAGGUGGGUUCCUGCUGGUCCUGACCUGUUACCCGUAGCUGAGUUCUGUCCUGCUGCCAUAACAAGAUAUGCUUCUCAUGGCAAUCAACGGCCUCCGGAACCUCUUGUGAUAGAUGUUAGGAAGCACCUUGCAUAUGUGGGCUGGAAAAUUGAGUGUAUGAAAUAUGGCAGCGCAUACAAAUUUCGGUAUAUCUCACCACGAGAUAGAAAGACUUACUUUUCUCUCCGUCUGCUUUGUCUUGAUAUGAGGGAUCCCAAAAUUGAGAAUUCUUCUCUAAUUUCCCCAGACUUGAUAGAUGUUAAAGAGUCCCCUGGCAGAGACCAUCCAAGAAACAGAAAGAGAAUGGAUGAAUUAUCACAGUUUCCACCUGAAGCUGAUUCUCAGGGCGGAAAUGAUGAAGUUGGAUCAUUAGGUGAUUAUGAGCUGAGGCACCUGCAGGGUCAAAAUGCCAGCCGCCCAAAGCCAAGGAGAGAAAAGGUAAUUGAAAAUCUAAAGAAGCUUAAAGAUUCUCAGAAAAGUAACCAAGAACUAAAUGCCAGCCCUCUAAAGCAAAGGAGAGGAAAGGCAAUUGAAACUCUAAAGAAACAGAGAGAUGGUCAGAGACGACAAUCAAGCGAAACAGCAAUGCAGGAAGUGACUCCUAGGUCUUCAAAGCGCCAACCCCGUUCUGUCUUAUCUUGGAUGAUUGACAACAAUUUGGUGUCGCUGGGGGCAAAUGUGAGUUACCGUCGCAGCAAGGCUCGCAGUGCAUUGACAAGAGGGAAGAUAACUCGUGAUGGGAUCGAGUGCAACUGUUGCCAGAAGAUUUUUACUCUCACUGGCUUUGAAUCUCAUGCUGGAAGCACCAAACACAGACCAGCUGCCAAUAUUUUAUUGGAAGAUGGCAGGAGCUUGUUAGAUUGCCAAAGGAAGAAUGAACACCGCAGUAAGACGCAAAGGGUCACAAGAGAGGCUAAAUGGAAGGGUAGACAACAUCAACAUCAACAUCAAGGUGAGACUGACUACAUUUGUUCUGUUUGCCACGAUGGGGGCGAUUUAAUUGUAUGUGAUCAAUGCCCAUCUACAUUCCACCAAAAUUGCGUCGGUUUGGAAGAUAUUCCUGAAGGGCAAUGGUUCUGCCCACCUUGCUGCUGUGGUAUCUGUGGCGAAAACAAAUUCAAGCACAAGGUCCAGGAACCUGAAGAUGCUUGUGUUCUCAGUUGCGAUCAAUGUGAGCUUAAAUAUCAUAUUGGAUGCUUAAGAAACAAAGGAGUACUUAAGUUGGAAAGGAAAGAUCCCAAGGAUAGUUGGUUUUGCAGCAACAAGUGUGAAGAUAUAUUUUUAGGCCUUCAAAAGCUGUUGGGAAAACCAGUUGUGGUAGGUCCAGAUAAUCUCACUUGGACAUUGUGGAAGUCUAUGGAGUCUGAUAACCGUAAUGCUGAGAUCUCGACGGGAAAGCACAGCAAACUUGAUCUUGCUGUUGAGGUGAUUCAUGAAUGCUUUGAACCAGCUAUUGAAACUUACACAGGAAGAUAUAUCGCCGAAGAUGUGAUUUUUAGCAGAGGAUGUAACCUAAACCGCUUGAACUUCAGGGGAUUCUACACGGUGCUUCUUGAAAGAAAUGAUGAGCUAAUAACAGUGGCUAAUGUGAGGGUUUUCGGAGAUAAGGUGGCAGAGAUGCCACUAGCUGGUACCAGGUUUCAGUUCCGUAGGCUUGGAAUGUGUAAGAUAUUGAUGAAUGAGCUCGAAAAGCAACUCAUGAAUUUGGGAGUGGAGAGGUUAAUGCUGCCUGCUGUUCCUAGUAUGUUAGACACCUGGAUAAAUGGUUUUGGGUUCUCGAAACUGACAGAUGCUGAGAAGAUGCAGUAUUUAGACCGCAUUUUUCUGGAUUUUCCUAGCACUAUCAAGUGCCAGAAAGUGUUACUGAAGACUCCUCCAGAAGGAACGAAGCCCGGGUGA